AUGCUUUUGGAAAAUGAAGUUCCAGCAUUGCCAUUGCAAUUAUCUGUAUCACAACAACAACAACAACAGUUAUCAUCGUCUCCGCUAUCACCAUCAUUAAUUCAAAGAUUAGCUGAGAAUGGUAUCGAUAAAUGUUUAAUUUGUAGACAGGUUAUUAGUCGUAGUGGUAACCAACUUCAUAAUGACUAUAACAACAAAUCACAUCGAGAUAGUAUUGCAACAACUACUCUAUUGAUUGAACAUUACUCUAAAUGUGUAGAAUCAACUAUAUCUAAUAUUAAUAGUAAUUAUCAUGAUGAUGAUAAUAAUAAUAUUAAUAGUAUUAGUAUUCAACAACAUGAUUAUAAACAUCGUAGUAGUAAUAUUAAUAUUAGUAGGGACUAUAUAGUAGAUGACAAUAGUAGUAGUAAAAUACAAUUACCAAGUAGUAGUAAUACAACUAAAUCAACAAAUCAUUUUUUCAAUAAUACAUUACUUAGAAUAUCAUUGAUUGAAAUAUUUAAAAUGGAAGAUUGUAAUUUAUCGAUAAUGAAUUUACUGACAACUUGUAAAGAUGCAUUGAAUUGGAAGUAUUCGGUGGUGUUUCCAAGACUACCUUCCAUUUCAACGAUAGAGAGAUAUAAAGUUGAUAAUCGGAUACAUUUGAUUCCAAAGAGAUUCCAUAUAGUCUGUAUUGACAAUAUUAAAAUGUGGAAAUACUUUAAAGAGAAUCCAGAUGGUUUGAUAUCUCUCUAUACAACUCGACUCUUUUUAAUGUCUGAUCAUGGACAACUCAACAAGGGUGAUAUCCCAGACCACUUUACUCAUCUCUAUUUUGGUUAUUAUAUCGAUCAAUUGGUUGAUGAUAUACUUCCACUUUCUCUAACUCAUAUUAGAUAUGAAGAGUCAAGGAAUUUUCCAUCAACAACCAUAACAACAACAAAUCAACAACAAUCAUCAUCUUCUACUUUUAAUAAUAAUAAUGAAGAUAUAUUGGCGUCAUUACAUACAUUAUUCUUUUCAUCAUUAUCACUAGGAAAUGAAAUUAAAAUACCACCUAUGAUGAAUCAAUUGACUAGUUUAUACUUGUGUGUAAAUGGUAGGAGAUCGGGAGUAGAUGUUAUAUUUAAACCUGGACAUACAAAGAUACCACCAAGUGUUAGGAGACUGACAGUUGAAUCUUAUUCAACUUCGACACCGGUCAUUUUAGGUGUUGGGUCAUUACCCUCUGAUGAGGGGUCAUUAGAGUACCUCAGAUUGGUUGGUAACUUUAAAAUCAUCGACUCUAAUGCACUACCUAGAUCCAUUAAAACAAUGUGUCUACAAAAUGUUUUAUGUGAUGUUGUCGUACCCGAUAGAGUUACACGUCUAUUAGUAGUUGGAGAAUGUCUAAGACAAUCAACGUUUAUACCACCAUCUGUCAAACAUCUGUGUCUACAUGUCGACUAUGUAUCAGAUGUCCUACCACCAACCAUUGAAACUCUAUCCCUCAAAGGGUUAUUCCGACCAACCAAUAUCCCAUCUUCAGUAACUCAACUUUAUCUUCAAGAUAUUAGAUUUCAAUUAACUUCUGAUAUCUUAUUUAAUCUUCAAACUCAACAAAAUCAACAAAAUAAUAAUAAUCAAAAUACACUUGGAAUUAAAUCAUCAUUAAAAUAUAUUGGUAUUGAAGGUAGAUACCCAUAUUCAAUUAAAGGUAUAUUACCAGAAGGUAUAAAGUAUUUUGAUUAUAGUAUAAGUGAUCCAACAAGUCAUGACAAUAACAAUAGUAGUAACAGUAAUAAUCAUAUGAAUAAGUUUGGGUUAGACUAUAAUCAACCGAUACCUCCAUCAUCACUUCCACCAUCGGUACGUGUCAUUAAACUCAAUACUACCAGUCUUAGAAGUAGAGAGUUUAUACCAGUUGGUUCCAUUAAAAUAAUCGAUUCCUAUCAAGAACAUAGAGGUCAUGAUUAUAUAUUCUCUCAUCAUAAAUCUUAUUGGUAUGGUGGUCCAUAUGAUUGGUAUCAAUUUAUUGAUAAAGAAAUUUUCCAUCUUCCUUCCAACAAGCUUCAGUUCAAAGAGUCUGUCAAAUAUUUUGACGCAAUUAAGAAAGAAAGAAAGAAAGAAAGAAAGAUGAAUAAUAAUAAUAAUAAUAAUAAUAAUCAACAAUCUAUAAGUUAUUUAACAAAUAUACCAAAUAUAAUAAUAUUAAAGAUAAUAGAAGAGAUUAAAGACAAUGUAGAUAUACUAUGUCUACUAUUGACUUGUAAAAAGAUGUUCUCUCAGAUUAGAGUACAACAUGACAACUAUAUCAGGUUUAAAGAUAAUAUUAGAUCGAUUGAUCAAGAUGAUCAUCUAUCACUGUACGCUCCACUAUUUGAUACACUAGAUUGUUUUAGUUUACGUUCCUUUAGGAAUAUAUUUAACAACAGUCUAUCGAAUCAAUUAAUUGUCAUUGAUAAACGUAAUCAUAAUUCGACUAUACUACGAUUGAGUAGUAAUGUUGUUCUUAUUGAUAGUGAUGGUUCAAUCAUUCAAAAUCAUAGUCUCGUCAAUCAAGAUACCAUUCAAUCAGUUCUACUCAUUCCAAAUACCAUCCCAUUCGAUUGUAUCAAAUGUUUACCAUCAUCAACUAAAACUUUGUUUAUAGAUUCAAUGUAUCAUCAAAUGAAUAGUUUGAUCACACAAUCAUCGUCUUCGUCGUUGUCGUCGUCAUCGUCGUCAUCAUCGUUGAUACCACCAUUUCUAGAAAUGUUGGUUAUAUCAUUUUACAAGACAAAAAUACCAAUUGGUGUAUUACCAGAGACUUUGAAAUCAAUUCAAUUACAAUCAUCAAAGGUGUUUGAAGGUGACAAUGACAAUAGUUUACCGAGAGGGUUAGAAUCAUUGACUGUCACUUGGCACUAUGACAAGGACAUCAUUCCAAUGAACCGUCUUCAUCUCAACCGACUCACCAGUCUCACCUAUUUACACGUUGGGACAGUAUCAAACCUAGUCACUGGAAUGUUACCAACCACAUUGACUUUUAUCAGAUUAAAGUACGCCGAAAGAAAUCCACCAUUUGAUUUCUUCCUCACUUGCAAGUCUUUAAAGUCAUUAUACCUUGUUUCAAGUUGUGACAGUCUUGAUAACGACGGUAUUGUUGUUGAUACUUUGGAUUUACAAGCACUUGACAAACUAGAAACAUUUAAUUACAAUACACAUGUAACAGGUCAUUUUAAUCCAAACCUUAAAGUUUUAUUACCAUCUUCACAGUCGUCAUCAUUGGUCAACUUAAUCAUUAAAGAGGAUUUAAUUGGGUAUCAUGGUUUCUUACCCAAUCGAUUGAUUAAAUUGGAAAUAUCACAAAAGAUGUUGAUAGAAUGUAAUAGUAGCCAACUUGCACCAACACUCAAGAAACUAGUACUACGUGAUUGCAAGUUACCUAUACCAAUCGGUUUAAUUCCAAAUGGUGUCACCAAGAUUAUAAUUAAAGGUAGACCGGUUGUAAAGGAUGUGACACUUCGGUCAUUCCCAUCGACUGUCAAACAUCUUGUAAUUGGACAAUACGAUGGUCCAGUUGAUUACUUUCCAGAGUCAUUAAAAAGUUUAGAUUGGAGUAGAGAUGUAUCAGAUCAUUUACUACAACUAAACCUACCAGAGGGUUUAGAGAAAUUAACUUGGUCAUCUAAAAAUGAAGAUAUCUUCAUUACCCAUCCUCCUCCAAAAUACCCAUCAACUUUAAAAUCAAUAGAUUAUUCAAAUCUAGUUGGAUCCUAUAAUCUAUUGGAUUUCCCAUCAUCCCUCACAUCACUAUCAAUGAUAAUACAUAGAAAAGAAAUAAUUAAUUCAAUUUCAAUCUUUUCAAUCUUUAACAACCCUAACCAAACACAACCAAGUCGUUUACCAUCAAAUAUUACCAAACUAUAUUGUAGACUUGCACAUUAUGAUUCUUAUGAAUCACUAAGUUUUAGAUUAGAUGAAAUCAUCAAUCAAACCAAUGUUGAAGAUUUUACAAUCUAUUUUUCAGGAUUUAGAUACUGUCAAUUUAAUAUUAAAAGAUUAGAUGAAAACAAUUUAAAUGUAUUAUUGGUUGAUAAUGAUUCUUUAUUUGGUGGUAUUAUAACUCAACAACAAUUAAAUCAAAAUCAAAAUAAUAAUAAUCAAAAUAAUAAUAUAUAUAAACCAUUAUAUCUUCAUUAUACACAUGCUAAUCAAACACCUCAUUGGAGUUUUACUCCAUUGGAAAAGGAAUCAGUUUAA